AUUGUAUGUAGCCGUCGUUAAGGAAAUUCCUCCCCGAAUAACGGUAAACGAUGGCACAGGACGGAGUCAUUCUGCAGUUCAGUUUUGCCACAUUUGGCGAUUCCAUGCUACAGAAGAUGGACGUUCUUCGGACAGACAGACGUUUUUGUGAUGUUAUUGUGCGCAUCAAUGAUGUUGAGAUUCCCGGUCACAAAGUCGUAUUUGCUGCUGGCUCUCCGUUCCUCAGAGACCAGUUUUUUCUCCAGGAUUCACAUGAGGUGGAGAUAUCCACACUGCAGGAUGCAGAGGUUGGACGGAGACUGCUUCUCUCAUGCUAUACAGGGACACUUGAGUUCCCAGAACUGGAACUGGUGCACUAUCUAACUGUGGCCAGUUUCUUACAGAUGGGCCAUAUUGUGGAGCAGUGCACACAGGCUUUAAAUAAGUUUAUCAAGCCAAAUAAAAUCAGAGACUCAAUUUGUUCCAAUCAGCCUUCCACUGUAACUACACAGCCGCAAGAGGCACCGAUUAUUCAGACAGUGUUUGACGAUGAAGAAGAGGAAGACAAAGUGAUUGAUGACGAUAAUGAUGAUGAUGUGAUCAUUGAUCCAAGAUCUUCUACUAUAUUUCAGAAUCCUUCAGGAAAAUGUCAAGCAGAGGAAAGCCCUAUUAAUAUCAUUAAAGUGGAGUCUAUUGACGAUCGAAUACCGGAGAUGUCCCAAAGCUUUCAGAGUUGCCCGUCGCGUUCCCCAGCUCUACGUUCCCCAGAACCCCAGCACUCGCUUAUUAACUCUACAGUAGACACAAGACCUGCUGAGAUGACCUCCAAUGCAGCUCUUGACUACUCCUUCUCACCUCCUGGUCCCAGCGGCUCAGGAAAGGAGAAUGUCUGGAGUUUUUCCCGGGGCGUCGACAAAGGCAUGCAGUGGUACCACCAGUGUCCAAAAUGUGCCCGUGUUUUCAGGCAGCUGGAGAACUAUGCCAACCACCUGAAGAUGCACAAGCUGUUCAUGUGCCUACUAUGUGGCAAGACGUUCACACAGAAAGGAAACCUGCACAGGCACAUGCGUGUACAUGCUGGGAUCAAGCCGUUUCAGUGCAAGAUCUGUGGCAAGACGUUCACACAGAAGUGUUCGCUGCUGGACCACCUAAACCUGCACAGUGGAGACAAACCGCAUCGAUGCAACUACUGCGAAAUGGUGUUUGCUCACAAACCUGUACUGCGCAAACAUCUCAAGCAGAUCCACGGCAAGAACAGUUUCGAUAAUGCCAAUGAGGGCAGUUUAAUUGAAGCAGUUUAAAUGUUUCAAUCUGGAAAGACUAUUUGGACUGAAGAUACAGUGCCUUGCAAAAGUAUUC